AUGUUUCUUCUGUUUUCUCAGCUUACAAAGCAAUUCACGCAUCCAUUUUCGGAAGUAUUAACUAAAGAAAACAUGUACACAAUCAUUGGUCAGAAAAAACCAGCAAUUAUUCACUUCUAUGCUCCAGAUUGCCCUCAUUGCGCCGAAUUCUCACCAGUUUGGAAUGAAGUCACAAGAAUGUACAAUCCAUUCACCAAUAUCACAUUUGCUACAGUAAACUGCGAUAGAUAUAAGAGUGUUUGCACUGCAUUUGACGGAUCUAGCACACCAACAACACAAUUCUUCGCUCCACAUUCAAAGAUGGGUCAGAGAUUCGGAGGAAAGGACGUUGUUGGCUUAACCAAGUUCGUAAAGAACAACGCAAAUAUGUUACCUUACACAUCUCCAAAUCAUUUAGCUUAUGCUAAGCCAAAUGAAGUCGAAAAGAUACUAAAGGAGAACCCAGUGUUCCUCGUCUUUGAUACACAUAGAAAUUGCCAUUACAAUCAGACAGAAAUCAGAUUAGUCGAGGAAAAGAGAGAUGUCGACAUCAGAGCAAUAGAUCCUGUUGAGAAUCCAAAAGAAGUAAAGAAAUACUGCGGAUCUACUGAACCUUGCAUGGUUCUUCUUCAAGGAAAUAACAAAAUUAAAUAUGAAGGACCUGCUACCUCUGCAGACAUCCUUGCAUUCUUUGAUGAAAAAGUUGAAGAGCUGUAA